AGGCAGGCACCAGAAAGGGGCCGGUGGGAAGAUCUGACGUGUGAAUGAAACCAAACCCUGCGCUGGAAGGCUCCUCUGGGGCCAGCCCGCCUUUCGGCAGCCUCGGGGGAGGGAGCCUUUCAAAGCAUGGCCUGUGUAAACUGAUGCUCGGGCAGGAAGGAGAGCCCGGGGGCGCGCCGCGGGGCCUGGCAAGCCGGGGAGGGCCAAGCUCCGUCCGCAUGGGAGCCUGAGCUCUCUCUCCAGCGGAGCCAGUGGUGGUGGUGCGGGUCCCCUCUCCGGCCAUGUCCCUCCUGGGCAAAGCGCUCAGGCUGGCCGCCGCCGCCGCCGGGCAGGUGCUGCUGGAGCCUCUUCCCCGGAGCCGCCUCCGCCCGGGACUCCUCUUCCUCCGCCGGCUCCGGCAGUGCCCCAAACUUUCCGAGGGCCCCCCCAAGGAGGCCACCAGAGCCACCGCCGAGGAGGACAAAGACGACGACGAGGAGGAGGAGGAGGAAGAGGAGCGGGUGGCCGCCGAGGAGGGCCAAGGAGAGCCGGCUGGGCUCCAGGAGCAGCGCCCCGGGCCCGGAGUGAGGAGCCUGGAGGACAUGCCCGGGCCCAGGACCCUCUCCAACCUGGUCGAGUUCUUCUGGAAGGAUGGCUUUGGGCGCAUCCACGAGAUCCAGCAGAAGCACGUUCAGGAAUAUGGAAAAAUUUUCAAGUCACAUUUUGGUCCCAAACUAGUUGUAUCCAUUGCAGAUCGAGACCUGGUUGCUCAGGUUCUCCGCGAAGAAGGCUCUGCACCCCAACGGGCUGACAUGGAUUCCUGGCAGGAAUACAGAGAUUUACGAGGGAGAGCAACAGGACUUAUAUCUGCAGAGGGGGAACAGUGGCUAAAAAUGAGGCGCGUACUAAGACAAAAAAUGGUGAAACCCAAAGAUGUUGCCAUUUUCUCUGGAGGAGUUAAUGAAGUUAUUACAGAUUUGAUUAAGAGGAUCCGUAUUCUGAGAAAUCAAGAGGAAGAUGGAGAAACAGUGACAAAUGUCAACAGCCUUUUUUUCAAGUAUUCAAUGGAAGGAGUGGCAACUGUUUUGUUUGAGUGCCGCUUGGGGUGUCUGGAGAAUGACAUUCCUCAGAACACUGUCGAAUACAUUGAAGCACUGGAACUGAUGUUCAGCAGUUUCAAAACUACCAUGUAUGCAGGAGCCAUUCCCAAAUGGCUUCGUCCAAUUAUCCCAAAACCUUGGAGAGAAUUCUGUAGGUCAUGGGAUGGACUCUUUAAAUUUAGCCAAAUUCACGUUGACAACAAAUUACACCAUAUAAAAUCCCGUUUAGACAAAGGAGAAGAGUUAAAGGGUGGACUUCUCACAACUCUGCUUCGAAGUAAAGAACUCACCAUUGAAGAAAUCUAUGCCAAUAUGACUGAAAUGCUGUUGGCAGGAGUCGAUACAACUUCAUUCACUUUAUCUUGGGCAACAUACAUGUUAGCAAAGCAUCCUGAAGUACAGCAUUCAGUCUAUAAAGAGAUAGUCCAUAACUUGGGGAAAGAUAAAGUCCCUGAUGCAGAUGAUAUCCCAAAUUUACCAAUGAUUAGAGCCCUUCUUAAAGAAACUUUAAGGUUAUUUCCAGUAUUGCCAGGAAAUGGCAGAGUGACCCAGAAAGACAUGAUUGUUGGUGGAUACUUGAUACCGAAAGGGACACAGCUGGCCCUCUGUCAUUAUGCUACAUCAUAUCAAGAAGAUAAUUUCCCAUUGGCAAAUGAGUUCCAACCUGAACGCUGGCUCAGGAAAAGCAAUAUGGACAGAGUAGACAAUUUUGGCUCCAUUCCUUUUGGUUAUGGUAUUCGGAGUUGUAUAGGAAAGAGGAUUGCUGAACUGGAAAUUCACCUUGCACUAAUACAGCUUCUUCAAAAUUUUGAAAUAAAAAUUUCUCCAAAAACUAAACCAGUUUGUGCCAAAACCCAUGGACUCUUGACUCCUGCAGAUGCCAUCAACGUCAAAUUUGCAGACAGAAAGUGAGAGAAGGGACUUCAGGAUGCUCUCCAACAUGACUUCUGACAGAAAGGUGCUGAAGAUUCUCUAAGCCAGUAAGAGAUUUCUGUAAUCUCAUUUUGGUUGCUUAUCUAGGGGGGUUAUCUCUUUCCUCAAACACCAUGCCCCCCCCCCCCCGCCCCCAGAAUAUUAAGUAUUCAUUAAGAUAAUUCAUUUUUUCUGGUGAGAAUCCAGUUAAUUCUGGCAGGCUUAGAAAGACAACAGACAAAACCAAAACAGUUAAUCACAUUUUUCCUUGGGUGGAGUACAAACAACAUAUCAUUGCAUUCCUUUCCCAUGAGCCUCCCUAGCAAUUACAAAAUAUACUUAAAUCCCACAAAAAGACUGUGACCACUUUGUUACCUCCUCUCAACUUGUUUCCAUUGUUUGGCAAA